AUGGGAGAUCCACUUGGCAUAGCUGCCGGUACGGCAGGGCUAAUUUCUCUGGGAAUUCAAAUCUUUAAGGGAUUGUACGACUUUUAUACGGUCUAUAAACAUAAGGACGUCAUUGUUGCGAGGACUAUUCAUCGGCUUGAUGGCCUCCUCAAAACGCUCGAACAGCUUGAAAAGGGAUUACAGGAUCGGCAAUUCAAAGCUAGCGAGACAGAUCAGCGACAAAAGAUCGAGGAAUGCAUUGAAUGCUGCAGAGAUGUAAUUGAAGAGCUUCAAAGUGAGCUCGAAAAGUGCCGGAAUGCCCCUGACAAGGGGAUUCAAGCUGCCGUCAAGCGGGCUGGCCGGAAACUGGCUUAUCCAUUUCGAGAAAGCACUCUUCAGAAGCUUAAUGAGGACGUAAACGAACUCAGGGACGAUCUUAAAGUCGCCCUCGAUGUCUUACAGCUCAAGUGCGUUGAUGAAAUACAACAUGACAUGAUCGAUGUAAAGACAAAUAUCACUCUCAUACGAACAACACAGAUUUCGGAUGCAAUUCAAAAUUGGCUUAAGGCCCCUGAUCAUAUUGAUGCCUACAGCGAAGGUUGCAAAAGAAGACAUUCAAGCACAGGGCUUUGGCUUAUCAACGACCGAGUAUUCCAAAAGUGGUUGAAAGAUGAUAAUUCCUUUCUUUGGAUGAAUGGCCGUCCCGGCUGUGGUAAAACUAUCCUUAGCUCGAUGAUUAUACAACAUACUAUUCAGUAUCGUCGAAACAACCCUCGGAUUGGCAUUAUCUUUCAUUAUUUUAGUUUCACGGAUCAUUCUACGCAAAAUGUGUCAGGACUAUUGCGCACAUUACUCCAGCAACUGUCAAGUCAACUUCCUGACAUGCCUACUGCGCUUUUGCAGUUAUAUGAUUCCUUCAAAAACGAUGAACCAUCAAUAUCUGAUCUAGAGAAUGCUGUCCGACAAGUUGUCACCAAGUUCGAAGACGUUUAUCUUGUGAUAGAUGCACUGGAUGAAAGCCAUCAGGGAGAGCAGAGAGAUGCUGUUUUGGAUACACUGUCUCAGAUUCGUGGCUGGCACCUCUCAGGGCUUCAUCUUUUUAUUGCUAGCCGCGAUGAGCCUGAUAUCCGUACAGAGCUGAAUCCGCAAAUAGAUGAAGAAAUAUGUCUGGAAAGAAACGAGGUUGAUCAAGACAUCGCUGAUUACGUCCGUCAGAAACUUCGAUCUGAUCGCCGGCUUCAGAAAUUCGCGCCUCAUUUUGCUGAAAUCGAAGAUGUACUCAUUGAGAGAGCAGACAGAAUAUUUCGCUGGGUCGAUUGUCAAAUCAUAUCUUUAGCAUCUUGUCCCUCCAGUCUGCACCAUCUAAGGAAUACACUUAAUUCCUUACCUCGCACGCUAGACGAGACUUACAACAGAAUGCUUGCUAAUAUCGAUCCCGUCCUUGUGGGAGAUGCAAGGCGAAUUUUGACUUGGCUUUGUUUUUCAUCGCGUCCAUUAGCCGUGCAAGAGGUUAUUGAAGCACUCACGGUUGAGCUAGGAGAGAAUCCAAGACUGUGUAGCGAACGCUUGAUUGAGGAUCCAGAUGAUAUUGUCCGAAUGUGCCCAGGACUAAUCAGCAUGACCACUCAUGAGGAAGAGGGAUUUUUUGAUCCCGAUAAUGCAGGGCUUGAUUCGGAAUGGCCUUUGCAGGCUCGGCUCCUUCGCAUUGCUCAUUUCUCAGUCCGAGAAUAUCUAGAAUCUGAUCGCAUUCGGUCACAACAGGCAAAUUUUGCUCUUCGCAGCCACGCAGCCAAUACAGAAUUAGCCGAAACAUGUCUCGUCUACCUACAGCAUGCUCAAUUAACAGCCCUGCAUGCGCAUCCACUGACUUCGUAUGCAACAAGAUACUGGGCCGAGCAUUCAUUGAAAGGGGAUAGGGAAUCCAACUCACUCAACUCCUUGGCUAUAAACGUCUUACAAUCCGAGCAUAACUUUGAAAACUGGAUUAGGUUGUAUGUUCGCCAGACGGGAGUGAGCGACUGGGGUAUCGAGAAAAAGGUUGCAUCACCUAUCUACUAUGCAUCCCGGUUAGGACUAUAUCGACCUCUUCAAGCACUAUUGGAAAUUGAGUCGCUAAGAAACACUAUCAACGCCAGGCAUGAAUGGACUGUCUACGGAAGUGCAUUAAACGCAGCAUCAGCUGAUGGUAACGAGCAGGUAGUGCAAUUACUCUUGGAAAAAGGGGCCGACCCUAAUGCCGGUCCCGAAUGCUAUAGAGGAAGUGCGUUAUGUUUUGCGUCGUCUAGCGGUCACGAGAAAGUAGUGCAUAACCUGCUAAAUGCGGGCGCUGAUAUCGACGCCACAGAUUCACAAGGUGGUACCGCCUUAUAUGCAGCAUCAGAAAGAGGCCACAAACAGAUAGUGCAACUUCUACUAGAGAGAGGCGCUAAUGUUAACGCUGAAGGAGGACUCUAUAGCAAUGCGCUACAGGUCGCAGCCUAUAAUGGUCAUGAGAUGAUAGUGCAACUUUUGCUAGAGAGAGGCGCCGUUAUUAACGCUGAAGGAGGAUAUUAUGGUACUGCCCUACAGGCUGCAGCCGAUAGUGGUCAUGAGAUGAUGGUCCAAUUUCUGCUAGAGAGAGGCGCCAAUGUUAACGCUGAAGGAGGAUGUUAUGGCACUGCCCUACAAGCCGCAGCCUAUAGUGGUCAUGAGAUGAUGGUGCAACUUCUGCUAGAGAGAGGCGCUAAUAUUAACGCUGAAGGAGGAUAUUAUGGUACUGCCCUACAGGCUGCAGCCGAUAACGGUCAUGAGAUGAUGGUGCAACUUCUGCUAGAGAGAGGCGCUAAUAUUAACGCUGAAGGAGGAUAUUAUGGCAAUGCCCUACAGGCUGCAAUCACUAAAGGUUACGAGAAGAUAGUGCGGAUCUUGCUAAAGAGUGGCACUGACGUCAACGCCAGAGGGAAGGGCAGGUUCCAUGAUCUGUUAUUCCUUCCCGAAGGGAAUGGUUUUGAAGAGACAGGGCGAAUCUUGCCAAGUCAUGGAGCUGGGUUCAGCGUCCGCGCAAUAAUGACCGCAGUGGCGGGAGAUCAUGAUCAAAUAGCACAACUUCUCAAGGAGAGCAUCCACAGUGAAAGUGAUGCGUUCUUAGCAGCGUCAUACGAAGGCCAUGAAAAGAUGGUACAAUUCAUGUUGGAUAAAGGAGCUGAUGCUGAGGUUAGGGGUGCCGGACUAAUGAUAGCAUCGAAAAAAGGCCAUAAGAAGGUGGUACAGCUACUGCUGGAUAAUGGGGUAGACGUCAACACCAGCGGAGAAAGCCGUACCGCGCUGCAGUGGGCAUCACGUGAUGGUCAUGAGGAGGUAGUACGAUUGCUGCUAGAUAGAGGUGCUGACAUCAAUAUCCAGAUGGGAUUGUCGAAUACCGCCUUGGUGGAGGCGUCGCAAGGAGGCUAUGAGAAGGUCGUGCAGUUACUUUUGGACAGGGGGGCGAAGAAUGACGAAGUGGCAGUGCACCUGGCAUCGCUGUAUGGCCAUGAGAAGGUGGUUCAAUUGCUGUUGGAUAGAGGUGGUGACGUUGCCGCUGCGCUAAGCGGUUUUUGUGCGUUUUCGGCGCCUAGACAUUCUGGUCCGGAGAAGAUCAUGCAAGUACUGCUCAACAUGGGCGCUGAGAUUGACAAUAAUACAGUGCUUAGGGCAUCAAAACAUGGAGAUGAGAAGGUAGUCCGGGCGCUGUUAGAUCAUGGCGUUGAGAUUGAAAUCCGCGCAAUUCGGGAAGCAUCCAGAAGAGGCCGUAAGAACAUCGCGCAGCUGUUGAAGACACGAUUUCGAGAGCAGCGAAAGGCCGGGGGUGCUAAAGGCUACUAG